GAAUUUAGUGAACGCUUCUCUUGGCAGCGAUUCAACGACUAUUUUUUAGCAGUGGUUUAGUGUUUCGACGGUCGUCGACGUGGCCUGAGAAAUGUGAUGUGGUGCGCAGGAAUCGUCUGAUUCAAUAUAUACGCAUUGAAAUGGCUUGAGCCACGUGUCUCCAGGUCUGUGUCGGAGAUUUUUCGGAUUUAUUUGAGAGUUGAGAGUUGAGUCAAGUUGAAUUGUCAACAUUUUGGUGCCGAAACUGCCCGGGAAUAUUUACUGAGUUGUUCUUUCCCGUUUCCAGUCUGAUAUCGAGUAUGGCGGAGAUAGAGCGCUUGAAGCGUUCGAGGAACGCCGCCCGAGGGUGGCUGAAUCGUGCAGGCGAGUCCCUGAGCGCCGCGCUGACAAGCAAAGAUGCAAAGCAAAGUGACGCACAGACAAGCAAAGAUGUGGAUCUUUUUGAACUGGAAACCAUGCUUGCUCUCUUUGAUAGGAGGAUGUGUAACUUUGAAGCCGCGCAGACGGCUCUUGAGUCGGAACAAUCUGAGGAGGACACCCUGUCCGACCAGUCUUCAGGGUCGUUGGACCAGUUGAUCAUGUUGAGAGCGAGGGCCAUGAAACUGCUGGCAGUCCACCAAGCAGCACCAGCUUCUGGUGCUGGGAUCCGAGGUGAGACCCCCAAGCUACCGAGGUUGGACCUGCCCCGUUUCUCUGGAAAACCCCAAGAUUGGCCUGCAUUUUGGGAGGCGUUUUGUGUCGCAGUACAUGAUUCGAAGUUAGCAGAUGUCACAAAGCUCACCUAUCUGAGAACGUUGCUGGAUGGUGAGGCGAAGAGAUGCGUGGAGGGGCUCGCAUUGAGUAGCGAGAGUUACAAGAUAACAUGUGAUCUUCUGCAAGAGCGGUUUGGACGCAAGGAUUUAAUAAUAUUUUCUCAUGUGCAAGCUCUCCUCAACCUUGAUCCUAUUCCUUUGGACAAGCUCCGUGACCUAGUAGAUAUCCUCCUCAUCCACAUCAGAAGCCUGGAAGCCCUCGGCAUUACAGGAGAGUCCUAUGGUGUCCUUCUAAAUCCUAUCAUCCUUUCCCGACUGCCCAAUGCUGUCCGCCUGGAGUGGGCCCGUGAAGCCGAGGAGAAGGAGGCUGAUCUUGAUCAUCUCAUCGGGUUCCUGACGAGGGAGGUGGAGCGGCGAGGUCGCUCUGGUGUCUACGUGGGACUGGCUGGUGCUGGAGCAUCAUCUUCAUCUUCACGAGCCAGUGGUGCCGGCGCUUCUUCACGGGCUGGUGGUGCCGGAGUCUCCGCUCGGGCUGGCAGUGCCGGCGGUUCUUCAUCUUCGAGAGGUGGGGGCAGCCACCCUGCUGUCACUAGCCGGCGCCCGUCUGUGUACACGGAGGCGCGGGGCACCGGCCCUGGUCUACCCUCCGGGGCAGCUCUGCACUCAUCUGAGCUUAAGUGCUCUUUCUGCGAACCUCAGAGCUGUGGCGGUUCCAGCCAUAUGUGCCCCCCUCGCGCGUCCACUUCUGCCGGCCUCUGUUCUGGAUCAGCUUGAUGGUGUAGUCCUGGCUGACCCGCUAGAGAGUGAGAGUCUGCACAUCGACAUUCUGGUCGGUGUUGAUCAGUUCUGGCAACUGGUAAGUGGGGAGACGCGAGUACUGCGAGAGGGUAUGGUGGCUCAGAGAACUGUGUUCGGCUGGGUGCUGAGCGGUCAGGUGAGUGGCGUAGAUGACCACAAGGGUGGAUGUCAGCUCCUGUGUCUGGGUGACAUACAUGAGUCGGCGCUGCGCCGUCUGUGGUCACUGGAGGGAGUAGGUGUGACGGAUGUGACCACUGGUGAUGAGUCUGAUGUGAUGACCACGUUCGAGUCCACUGUGGAACGAUCAGCUGAUGGUCGUUAUGUGGUGAAACGGCCAUGGAAGGAGGGUGCAGUUGACCUGUUGCAGGAUAACCGAGCUAGUGCUGAGAAGCGGCUGACUGGUCUGGGACGUAAGCUGGAGCGGGACCCUGACCUGCGUGCCUGUUAUGAUGGUGCCCUGUGUGAGAUGGAGGGGGCUGGGGUGAUUACAGAGGUGCCUGUGGAGGAGCUGGUAACCCAGAACCCUACAUUUUACCUGCCCCACCGUCCGGUAGUCAAGGAGAGCAGCACCUCUACUAAAGUCCGCCCAGUGUUCGAUGCGUCCGCUCGUGGGCCUAACGGUGUCUCUUUGAACGAUUGCUUGGAGGUGGGACCCUGCCUCCUGCCUAACCUGCUGGAGGUUCUCCUGCGUUUCAGGCGUUGGCCGUUCGCAGUGACCGCUGACAUCACGAAAGCCUUUCUGCAGGUCGGUCUGAGUGUCGAGGAUCAAGACACCCACCGUUUCCUGUGGGACUGUGACGGUCGUGUGCGUGUGAUGAAGUCACAGAGGGUCAUUUUUGGUGUCAGUAGUUCUCCCUUCCUCCUAAGUGCUACGAUUAGACAUCAUUUGUCUCUGUACCCUGAUUCUCCUGCCAUUCGUGAGAUGCGUGAGAAUUUCUAUGUGGAUGACCUGUUGUCGGGUGCCGACAGCGAGAGUGAGGCCUCCGCGCUGCUCUCAGAGGCUCAGCGUGUGAUGAGAGAUGCCCACAUGAUGUUGACCAAGUGUCGCUCUAACAGCCCCCUGUUGUUCGACAAGGCGCAGGGUGUGUCUGGUGAGAGUGAGCAUGUGAAGGUGCUCGGUGUGAUCUGGAACCCGACUGAUGACCUGUUCGCAUUCCAGGGCGUGUCACUGCCUGACGACAUUGUUCCCACAAAACGUGUCGUUCUCAGCUUUGUCGCACGCAUGUUCGAUCCCCUUGGAUUCAUCAGCCCGUUUGUGAUGACUCUGAAAUCUCUCUUCCAAGAGCUGUGGCAGCUGGGGUUGCACUGGGAUGACCCGCUGCCGGAGUCCUGUCGUGAGACGUUCGCCAGAUGGCUGAGUGGACUGGCGGUGCUGAAGGAGCUGCGUGUGCCGCGCGGCUACUCGCCGAGCGCGUGGAGGGACGGCCACGGCGCUGAGCUUCUGGCAUUCAGCGAUGCAUCGCCCAAAGGGUAUGGAGCUACCGUUUACAUCCGUGUCCCUUUGGAGGAUGGGUCAUUUCAUGUGUCGCUGGUGAUGGCAAAGAGCCGUGUGGCGCCUGUUAAGAAGCUUAGUCUUCCUAGGCUAGAGCUUCUUGGCUGCCUGAUCGCGGCCCGCCUGGUCGUGUUCGUGAGGAGUGCGCUCCGUCUCUCGCACAGUACUCCGUGCCUCUGUUGGACUGAUUCAAUGGUAGCACUGGGUUGGAUCAGGGCCGAUCCACGUAAGUGGAAGGAGUUUGUGGCCAACAGAGUGACUGAAAUUCAGAGUCUGACGGAUCCUGAACGGUGGCAGCACUGUCCGGGGGAGUGUAACCCGGCUGACCUCACCACACGCGGGGUGUCUGCUGAGGAGCUUGUGAGGUCAGAGCUGUGGCUCAGUGGGCCAUCUUGGCUGUCACACUGUCACACACCUGACGUGAACCAGUCUGUCUUGGUGCAGCACGAUUUGUCCGGCGUCUCUGUGAGUUCUCCCGGAGGUGACGUGUGCCCCCGUGCAGGUGACGUGUGCCCCCGUGGAGGUGACGUGUGUUCCCUUGGUGGUGAUGUGUACCGAGCUGGUGGUGAUGUGAGCACGCCUGUGUGCUCACCAGGCGGUACCGUGCGCACGCCUGUGUGCUCGCCUGGCUGUGCUGUGUGCACGCCUGUGUGCUCGCCUGGUGGUGCUGUGUGCUCGUCCGGCGGUGCGGCGUGCUCGCCUGGCGGGGCUGUGCGCACUCCCGGCGCAGCCGUGUGCUCGCCUGGCGGUGCUGUGUGCUCGCCUGGCGGUGCUGUGUGCUCGUCCGGCGGUGCGGCGUGCUCGCCUGGCGGGGCUGUGUGCUCACCCGGCGCUGCCGUGUGCUCGCCCGGUGCUACCUUGUGCACACCGGACGGAGCUGUGUGUUCGUUUGACGAGAAGGUGUCUGAUCCUAUUACUGAGGAGAUGGUUGAAGUAGAGUCCUUCUGUUUGGUGACUUCACAGUUUGAGGAAGUAUUUCCUGUUGAACGCUGGGGUAAGAUGUCCAAGGCUGUCCGUGUGGCGGGCUGGGUCCGUCGAUUUAUACGGAACUGUCGUGUCCCAGCUGACAGGUGCAGUCUUCCUGAUCUGACGACUCUCGAGCUAGCUGACGCGAGGCUCGAUCUGCUGCGACAGGAGCAGCGGAAGGCGUUUUCUGGAGAAUGGAGCGCGUUGGAGAAGCGCCAGUCGCUGCCGAAGGGCUCGCGCCUGAUCGGUCUCGACCCGUUUAUCGCUGACGAUAGACUUCUCAGAGUGAGGGGUCGGCUGGAGUUCUCUGACUUGAUGUACGAGGAGAAGCACCCGAUUCUGCUGCCAAAAUGUCACUUGGCUGUGCUUUUGGCAAGAGAGCAGCAUGUUCUUCUGAAACAUGCGGGUGUCUCAACGAUGAUGACUUCGCUCAGAGGAGCGUAUUGGAUCUUGGGCUUGCGCUGCAUCGCCAAGGGUGUGAAGCGCGGCUGUGUCAGCUGCCUUCGUCACGAUUCUCGACCGUUCAACGAGGAGGCGGCGCCUCUGCCGGGCUGCAGAGUGACUCAGUCCCCUCCAUUCACAGUGACUGGUGUUGAUUUUGGUGGUCCCCUGUUCAGCGUCGAUUUUCCACGGAAGAAGUUUUACGUGUGCCUGUUCACGUGUGCUGUCACGCGUGCCGUUCACCUUGAAAUGACUGACGCCCUGUCGUUACCGGCAUUCAUGCUAGCACUCAGGCGUUUUUCAGCCAGGCGCGGUCUACCAAGGAUCAUGUACUCUGACAACGCACCUACUUUCAGGGGAGCUGAUAAGCAGCUGCAGCGUGUCUACAGUCAUCUGGCGCCUGAGUGGCGCUUCAUUGUACCGCAUUCGCCGUGGUGGGGCGGAUGGUGGGAACGGCUCAUCCGUUCCGUGAAAGUGGGCCUGCGCAAGUCGCUUGGGUCACGCUGUCUGUCACGGGAUGAGCUGGAGACUGUGUUGUUAGAAGUUGAGUGUUGUGUUAACUCCCGUCCAUUGACGUUUGUUGGUGAUGGACUGGACUCGAGCCCCCCGAUCACCCCGGCGCACUUUCUGACGGGCAGAGGGACCGGGUUCUCCUCGCGGGUGGUGGAGGACCCUGCCUGUGUGAAUGCGAAGGCGCUGACUGAGAGAGCUCGUGUGUGUGAGAAGCGUCUGGCUAGAUUUUGGUCUGUCUGGUACAAGGAGUAUGUCAGGACCCUGCCGCCUUCUGUCAGAAGGUUCAGGCCUCAAGGUAAGCUGUCCGAGGGCUCCAUGGUCAUGCUGCAGGAGGAUAACGUGCCGCGCAUGAGGUGGGUACAUGGCGUCGUCACGAGACUGAUCACCGGCCGAGACGGAAAGGUGAGGUCGGCAGAAGUCCGGACUCCGUCUGGUCUAAAAACCCGUCCCAUCCAGAGGCUUUUUGACCUCGACCCGCUGUCCUCUGAGCCGUGAACCGCUCACAUUCGUCGGCGGUGUUAGACCGCAGUGUUCGUCAGCAGUGUUAGUUUGUUUUUCUCUCGUCUGCGAUUACAGGCAAGGUAGUGUUGGGCGCCGACUGUAGAUGUCGCUCUGAGCAGUGAGGCGGCGUGCAGAGGACGCGCUGAGUUGACAGUUGCGUGUGGUGGCUCGCAGAGUGCAGGGUGAAAGUGGCCCUGGUGAUGUGACAAGUUUGAUGUCGUUUGCGUCGAGGUUGGCGUUUGUUUGUUUGAAGAGUGGUGAAUCGAUUUACGUUUGCGUUUGUAGACUGAUGCGUUUGACUCAGAUUCUCUGUCUGAAUCUGUCUGAAUUGAAUUAAGUGAUGCAGUCUUGUUCGCUGUGAACUAUGGAUCUGUCGUUGUAAGAUCGGUUCCGUACCUGUGUGAAACGCGCCCUCUGAAGUUCGCAUUUCAGGGGGGAGGAUGUUACGGAAUUUAGUGAACGCUUCUCUUGGCAGCGAUUCAACGACUAUUUUUUAGCAGUGGUUUAGUGUUUCGACGGUCGUCGACGUGGCCUGAGAAAUGUGAUGUGGUGCGCAGGAAUCGUCUGAUUCAAUAUAUACGCAUUGAAAUGGCUUGA